CAAGAAACAUUAGUGCAAGAACAAAAUUGAUGGACCGGAAAGAUUUUAGGAAGAGAAAGAACUAAAUAAAAACGACAGUAAAAUCAAUAGACAGAGAAUAUUGGUAUGACUGUUUAAUUUUGCUCUCGGAAGGCAAACAAGUUUGUAAACUGUGUCAAUGUGAACUUUAAUCCUAAAUAUAAACGUAACUACAUACCUAGAUGUACUGACGCCGCGCAUUUAAACCACAGUGUUGACGGAAUGUCGAAGUAUCGGGGAGGCCAUUUUGGAUUUACGGAUGUGACAUUUUGUAGUGCCGUAAAAUUGUUAAAAAUGAAUAAGCUAAUUGUUUAAAUGACCAAAAUAUAAUUAAUGUGAAAGAUCUGCUUUCACUGCUUAUGCAUGCAGAUUUUAUGAAAGAGGGGCUGCAUCUUUGUAAACUUAUGUGACCCAGAUACCAGAAAUGCUGCAGCCUUGGUGCAGUGCCCAGGACGUCCUACUGUGUGACCUCUGUGAAACUGUCCCCCUACAGAGUCACUGUGAACUUUGUAAUAUAAACUUAUGCAAGGCCUGUGUUGAGGAACACCUCUCUGAUUCAUCUAAAAAGCACAAUGUCGUGUCCUAUAUAAAACAAAUAAAGGCUAUUCCUAACUACCCAAAAUGUCCGAAACACGCGGAUAAACAUAGCGAACUUUACUGCCAGAAAUGUGACGUUCCUGUCUGUUCCACCUGUGUCUCAAAAAGACAUAGAGGGCACAAUUUGUGUGAUGUUCUGGAAAAACUCGGCUCUAAAACGGAAAGUUUACAAAAAGAUUUAGAGGAACUAGAGACCAGAAUUUAUCCCCGAUAUGAAGAACUGGUGUCUGAUGUCCAAACUGAGAAAUCCGAGUUACAAACGAAAUAUGGGAAACUGACAAUAGCUGCUGAUCAACAAGGAGAAGUCUUACACCGAGAAAUCACCGCUAUUGUCAACGAACGGAAGUCUGCUAUUCAGGAAAUGAAAACCAAACACAGAGCUGCUUUAGAUAAAAACACGGAUGAAAUUACACAGAGAAUUACAGAACUUAAAGAGGUCAUUGAGGACCUGAAAAAAAUGCUGAACACUAAGGACGUCUCUCUAACCUCUACUUACAAAUCUAGGAAUGGUGAGUUCCGACAAUUACCUCCUAAAGUCCGGGUUACACUACCAAGUUUCUCUCCUUCCAAAUUAAAAAAAGAUCAGCUCAAUAAAAUGGUUGGUUCUGUGUCAUCAUUGUCCAUUACAACAGAAAAACAUGGCUAUACAAUGAAGCCACCGGAAGCGGCAUCGUCUCUUCCAGUCAAAAAACUGCUUAAAAACCCGCGACUCACCGCCACCAUAGACACUGGGUAUGAUUAUGUGACCAGUGUUAGCUGUCUCAAUGAAGAACAAUUCUGGACACGUGGGUUUGACAACACCUUAAAACUGCUCAACCUCCAGGGUAAACUACUGACAUCAAUACAAACCGCAUCAGGAGAAUGGCCACGGGACAUAACAGUGACACGGGACGGAGAUCUUGUUUAUUCUGACUGGUAUAAUAGUACUGUAAACCUAGUGAAGAAUAAACAGAUACAGACUGUGAUCACACUACGGAGGUCAGGGUGGAGACCUCGCUAUGUCUGCAGUACCUCCUCUGAUGAUCUCUUAGUGGCCAUGAUCAGUGAUGGCUCAGAACAAACCAAAGUUGUGCGUUACUCUGGCUUCAAAGAAACACAAUCCAUUCAGUUUGAUGAGCAGGGUCGUCCUCUCUAUUCAUAUGAUUAUGACUAUAAAUACAUCAGUCAGAAUAGGAACUUGGAUAUCUGUGUGGCUGACUAUAAAGGUAAAGCAGUAGUGGUGGUCAAUCAGUCCGGAAAACUCCGAUUUAGAUACACUGGUCAGCCCUCUAAUACCAAUCGAUCAUUUAGUCCACGCGGCAUCACUACAGACAGCCAGAGUCAUAUACUGACAGCAGACUUUUCCCGUAUUCACAUUCUAGAUCAGGAUGGACAGUUCCUCCGUUACAUUGACAACUGUCGCGAACCAUUAGGCAUGUGUGUGGACAUCAGAGACAACCUCUUUGUGGCCGAGAAUGACACUUCUAAAGUGAUCAAAAUCCAGUAUAUAUAAACAGUGUUAAUUACACAUCUCAACAAUGUUAAUUACACAUCUAACCAAUCUGUUGAUUACACAUCUCAACAGUGUUAAUUACACAUCUAACCAAUCUGUUAAUAACAUCAUCAACACUCACGCAACUGAAUAUAGUUUGAGUGGCAGUGUAUAUAUGUUAAUCGAUUUGCUAAAUGAAAUAACUGCCGUGCACAUUAAAUUCUGAAUAAUGGCAAUGGAACGCUCACAUUGUUCAUGAAAGAAUGUGAAUAUAUUUUAGAAUCGGGCACCGAGAACAGGCCUGCACCUGAAUACAGUUGGGAGAAGAUGAGACUCUGCGGAUAUGUCUUUGGAUCCGCCUUUGGACAAAAAUACAUGUUUCAGUAUUUCAGUUUUUGAAUUACUAAUGUAUGUAUAUAUGUGCCUAUUGUUGGUUUUACAAGAUAUGUAGACAAAUAAAUUGUACAAAUGUUCAUAAAUAUAUGGGUGAUGUUAAAACGCGGAACAGAAAACAGAACGGAAAUUUAAUAAUUAUAAUAAUUAUUUAAAGUUAACACAAAAAAAUUGGACAAUAUAUUUUUUUUAUUUUGAUUGAAAUCAGAUAGGAAUUGUUCAAAAGCGGUAAAACCGUUUUAUCUUAAAAUUCUGCACCAUAGAUUGGUUACGCUAAGUUAGAUGUUUGAAUAAAAGUUUCCAAAGCGUUUU